AGUGAUGUUUUGAUUUUUGUGCACACGAACCAAUUGGCAAGUGCGUGUCGAUGGCGCCAUUCGUAUAGUUGGAGAACACCGUGACUACGUGAGUUUUUUGUUGCUGUCAAAUUGGAAAUUCUUUACCAAAAAAAAAUUAUUUCGAAACGCUCACACAACAACAAUGAGUGACGAUGGUGGAAACGGUAAUGGACAACGAUUUAUCAACAUAACCGAAGAUAUAAUUCCUGACAAAAUCGAUUACGUAAAAUUGAUCAGCAAAAUUUGGACAUACAUCCGCGAGUACACGCCAGACGGCCCACGCCCCCAAUUCUACCCGGAAGUCCUCAAAAAACUUCUGCAGAAGAGUUGUGAGGUGCUGAAACAAGACGAGAUGGUUGUGAAGGUCACGGGUCCGGCUGUCAUAUUCGGUCCGGUGUAUGGAGAAGGUGAUUCGAUGAUCUCGUUGAUGAGUCUCGCGAAAAAGGUACCGCCUGAGCAGACGUAUGUGAUGCUUGGCUGCUAUUUGGGUCGCGGGUUUGCUCAAAUCGAAUGCCUCGUCUUUCUUCUAGCCUACAAGAUACUGCAUCCGGAGAAGGUGGUUCUAUUAAAGGGACAUCACGAAGAGUCGAUUUCGAUCGAAAUGCUCAAAGUGAAGGAAUGGCUGAUGGCACGUGGAAUUGAACGAGACGUGGAUUUGGAAGAAUGCAUGAUUGAAAUGAAGAGAGCGUGUAGUAUGAUGUCGGCCGCUGCUGUGAUCGACUCGAAGAUUCUUUGCAUGCCUGGAGGGCCUGGACCAACGAUUCGGGAGAAGGGAUUGCAGAAGCUUGUGGGACUGAAGAAGGGUGUUCAAGCGAUCGCUGAUAAGAAGCUGCUUAUGGAAGCCUCGUGGUCGGUGCUUUUACUCGAUGAUGCACAGAAGGAUAUGCAUGGAAUGCCGUUUUUCACACCGCAACAAGCCACCGACUUCUGCAAGGCCAACAAUCUGAAAUGCAUUGUACGAGGACGUCAAAUGGUGGAUGAAGGUUAUCUGAACAAGCCUAGAGAAGUGGUCACUUUGAUUUCCGCCGUCGCCUAUCUCGACAACUUCCGGAAUCACGCGGCAGUGUUGCAAGUGGAUAAUGAUAAGGGAAAAGUGAUCCGCUACAAAAUGGAAGAAGGCGAGCAACUGUCGCUGGAGCUGGUCAAGCCUGGAAUGGGAAGAAAUGCAGUUUCUUAAUACUCGAACUUUAUUUUAAAAAUAAAUGUUUAACAG